GGCAGACUUUUUAUUAAUUACCGUUGUGCUGCUUGCUUGUGCAUGACUGCUUGUGUGGGUUGUUAGCUCUCGGUGGUUGUGGAUGGUCUCCGUAUUACAGGACCUCUGAGCAAACGCAUCGAAAUCUCGGGCACAAUGUUGGACGAUAUCGUCGUGAGGUGGUCCGUCACCGACUCCACUAGCGGCGUUCCCAAACAAUGCGGAACUACGGCGGUGUUUUCGGGCUACGGUCUAGCAGCCUUUUAGGGCUAUAAUCCCCCCGCCUCCGUGUGAGUGUAGAUCCCAGUGCAUCUAAUCAAGUCACAUGCCGGAUUAAGGCUCUGGAUUAACGCGUCGUCGGCUGAUCCUUCCUCCGCUUCCUUCGAAUCUUCCGUUUUGUCCACCGCACCGACGACAAAUCGGCCCCAAGAUGGUUCAGAAGUACCAGUCGCCAGUGCGUGUUUACAAGUACCCCUUCGAGUUGGUGAUGGCGGCGUACGAGCGCCGUUUCCCGACCUGCCCGAUGAUCCCCGUCUUCCUGGGGAGCGAUACCGUGAUGGAGUACAAGAGCGAGGACGGCGCGGUGCACAUCAUAGAGCGACGCUGCCGCCUCAACGUCGAGGCCCCCUACCUCCUCAAGAAGAUCAUUGGCGUGGACUUCGUCUACUUCAUCCAGAAGAACUCACUCGACCGUAGGGCGCGGGUGCUCAAGAUCGACGCCCACAACGAGAGCUUCUCCAGCCGCGUGGGCAUCAACGAGAACUGCACAUAUUCGGUUCACCCUGAGAACCCGGAAUGGACCUGCUUCGAGCAAAGCGCGUCUUUGGAUGUCAAGUCCUUCUUCGGGUUUGAGAAUGCCGUCGAGAAGCUGGCCAUGAAACAGUACUCCCAGAACAUCUCCAAGGGCAAAGAGAUCAUAGAGUACUACAUCAAUGAGCUUCACAAGGAAGGCAUCACCUACCUGCCCCCGUUUCAAGAGAAAGACGGCAGCGGGGACGCAGACCGACCCGCCGUUGAGGCCGUCGCUGUCAGGAGGAGGUCGGCCGGGGAGAAGGCGGCGCCACCGUCUGCCGCUGCAGCUGCCGAGGCCCCGUCUGCUCAAGAUGCCAACCUGAAGUUGGAGUCUGAGUACAUUGAGCGCUGCCUGGGAGCACUCACCCCGUACCAAGAGUCCUGCCUGGUCAUGCUCCAGAAGUGGAUUGCCAACGCUCACCAGGGCAAGGUGCCAAGCGACCAGACGCUGGUCCGCUUCCUGCAGGCGCAGGACUUCAACCUGGAGAAGGCAAGAGAGAUGCUGUGCCAGUCCCUGGUCUGGCGCAAGAAGUACCAGGUGGACCGCAUCCUCAGCACCUACGACCUGCCCCAGGUCGUCAAGGAGUACUUUCCGGGGGGCUGGCACCACCACGACAAAGAUGGACGUCCCAUGUACGUCUUGCGUUUGGGACAAGUGGACAUGAAAGGGUUCAUCAAGUCCAUCGGUGAACAGGGACUCGUCAAGCUGACCCUGCAUCUCUGCGAGGAGGGUCUCAAGCGCACCGAAGAAGCCACCCUAAAGACAGGCAAACCGAUCAGCUCGUGGACGUGCCUGCUGGAUCUGGAGGGACUGAACAUGCGGCACCUGUGGCGACCGGGCAUGCGUGCCCUGCUGCACAUCAUCGAGAUGAUGGAGGCCAACUACCCGGAGACCAUGGGGCGCUGCCUGGUGGUACGGGCACCCCGGGUGUUUCCCAUCCUCUGGGCCCUGGUGGGUACCUUCAUCAACGACAACACCCGGGCCAAGUUCACCUUCUUUGCCGACGGGAACCACACACCCACGGGGCUGGCCGAGUUCCUGGACCCGGCCCACGUGCCGGACUUCCUGGGGGGGCCCUGCCAGACCUCGAUACCGGAUGGCGGCCUGAUCCCCAAGAACCUGUACAUGUCGGAGGAGGACUACGAGCGGGAGAAAGCAGACGGGAUGCACCUCUUCGACGACACCAUGUACCACUCGGUCAGCCUGGCACGAGGACAGGUGCAUGAGGUGGUGCUGAACGUGAGUGACCAGGGCAGCGUCAUCUGCUGGGACUUCGACAUCAUGAAGGAGGAUGUGGUGUUUGCUGUGCACCACACGACCCGGGAGCUGCCACCUCCCGAGGCGAGCGAGGGGGAGGGGGACGGGGAGGGAGAGGAGCCCGUGGGGUGCGCACACUCCCCGCUGCCCCUGGCCAUGCUCACCCUGGACACCCCUCCCUCGCUGCUGCCCAAGACCUGGGUCGCCGGCGUGGAUUACCGCACCGUCGAGCCGCCCAUCACCUGCCACGACGGAGAAAGUGUCCAGGGCUCUCACGUGACGAGCACGGCGGGGACGUACAUCCUCCAGUGGCGCCACCUGGAGGGGCCGCAGCACCACUCUUUCGAGUUCCCCCUGGCUCCGCACAAGGCCAAGGUCAUGUACUACUACGAGCUGCUCAAGGGGCACGACUAUCGUGGGUCGGUGUCAAGCCUGCAGUCGUCGCACAGCGGCAACACUUGCAACUCAUCGAGCGACCACUCCUCGGCGCUGAGCUCGUGCCCGUCCAGGUGAUAGCGGUGACGGGCAGCGGUCACCAUUGAUCACUACCCCCCGUGUGCGGUGCGUGCACCCAGCACUGUCUCCGUCACACCCCCUGGAGUCGGACCUACGUGCGAACGGAGCUCAAACGAUGCGCGACUCCCGUUAUCGGGAGCAACGCGUGUUUUUCCUCGUCGUCUCACGAGUCUUUCUGCAUGGUCCGGCGGGAUCUUGAAGCCGGCCAAACGUUGCGGAAACUUUGGGGGGGCGUUGCCGCAUUGUUGUUGUGUUUGGACCAAGCAAGGUGCUUUCCCGUGGCAUAGGGAUUCGCCCCCCGGUUUUUGGGACAGCUCGACUUCGAAGUUUUGUCGCCAGGAGUCGUGCGAGCCAUUACGUACGAGCCAUUACAUCCGAGUGGCCGUUUUAGAAUGCUUUAAAGUGGGCACAAUCUUUUCGUUGGGUGUGGGAUUUUUUUUUUUCCGUUUUAGUUUGUUUCUAGCUUUGUGUAUAUACGCUGCUAAAGUUGUGAAGAGUAGGCCUCCCGGUCUGUUACGUUUUGAGGUCGCCACAUUUUUCUCUUUCCGAAUCUUUAGCGUUUGGGAGAACCUUCAAUCUUGGAGCCCGACGUGACGUUUACGUAAACGCCAUCCAUUUUUUUUUCCAUCAUUCGUCGGACUCCCAUAAAUAGGAUUGUUCUAGCGCGAUUCAAUGACGGAACCGUUUUCUCGAGACAUUGUUUCGCGGCCGUUUUGUCGAGUUACGACUUGAAGUCCCCUUUAGGGACUACGGCAGAGAAGCCCCUCUGUCACCGAACAGGCUUGCAGACGACCGUCGUUUUUGAAACCAAAAAGAGGGGUAAACGAAGCCUUAGGUGAGAGCUGUCGUUUCGGUGCGAACCUCUGAUGCAAGAAGAAACACGUCAGAGGGUACUUGGAGAUCCGCAUGCACGACGACGCUGCGAGGAGAGGUGGUGCUGAGAUUCAAAGUAUUUUCUAGCCUAGGCUUAGGAUUGUGGGAGUGGAAACGGUUGUGCAAACUAAACAGCUUCGGCUCUUUCUCAAGAGUGUCGGGUAGUGGAAUCUAAGGCUUUGCUGACUCACCGAAGCCUGUUUUGCGAACCUCAGCGUCGCCGUUUCCAUAGGCUAGGAGCUUGCAAUUUCAAACGAUUUGUUGAACUACGUCCUGACAAUGUACGUAGGCCGUCGACGAGCCUGGCUGUUGUUCUGACCCUCGACACCAUGGAUACCUUCGUCGGCGUUGACUUUUGGUCGGUUCAUCAUUGUUCGUGUUGUACACGUUACCAUCAUUGCCGUCGGCAUAGGUCUCUGGACUAAAUACCUCGUAGCAACAUUAUCCAGAGACGAAUUACGUGCUAGCCGACGUGGCUCUCCUCAGCGCCAGAUUUAAGCAAUCCAGGUUUGGCGGUUUUCGGUUUGACAUGCGGGACUGUCAUUGCCAACAACCCUCAUCGAUGAUGGGUGCCCUUGUCUUCACGGAUCAUAGCAACCUGUUAGCUUAAAUAGGUUAGUUUUGGUUAAGCCUAACCCGAUAUAUUAGGCUUAACAUAGUGCUAUGCCAGGCUUAAUUAAUGGGUUAGGCUUAGCAUUGCAUUAAGCCUAACCUCUCAGGUUAGGCUUAGUGCUGCAUUAAGCCUAACCUCUUAGCUUGGUUAGGCUGUGUGACACUGUGCCAUGCCUAACGUGUUAGGCUCAGUGCUGCUGUAAGCACAACCUGUUAAAAAAGGCUUAGUAUAGUGCCAUACUAGGCCUAAAAGGUUAGCAUUGCAUGAAGCCUAACCUGCUACUUUAGGCUUAGCACAGCAUUGACUCCCUGCAUAGCUAUCAUACCAUUUCAAUAAGCAGUCUUCCAAUGGUGCUAUUAAAACCGACUCUCAGGCUAAACCUAGAUCAACCCUGGCGGUUUUCCUUUGGUGCCAACAAUUGUGUUUUGCCCGUUUUUUUCUUUCACUAUUUUUACGGCGAGUUCCGCAUCUACCGCUUGAGCAAGAUAGGUGGUUGGUUUUAUAUGGCUUUACUCUGUUUUUUGCUUUCUUUUCUUGGCGGCCGUAUCUUUCACUAUGAUUCUUACUGCAGAGGUGGUUGGGACAACGACAACAACCAUCUCUUUUGGUGCGCAUUGGAAACGGUGGCUUUUUGCACUUUGACGUUGCUCUCUAGGUCGGUGCUUCCAUUUUUGAGUCAAAUCGGCUAGGCAGCAAUGACGUCAGCUGUUUUCUUACCUGCGACAUUGCCGUCUUUGUGGGUCUACUACGUACCAUGCUACGAGCACAUUCCUGUAUAGCACUGAUUUACACUUUGGAUGACCGGGCAGUUUGGGAACCGCAUGCUUUUGUGGACGGGGAGUCCUCGCAUGCUCCAGUGGAGUGCCGCAGCACUCUGGCAGGAGUCAGCGGCAUCCGUCGUCCGCUUGGAAGGAGAGCGCCGCCAUUUCGUUUUCCAGUUUUACGUCCGACGUAGCGGCGCUUUAUCGACGGACCGCUUCGUGUGGUUUUGGUCUGGAAUACCGAGUCUUUGGUAGACGUCUCCAUCCCACAUAUCCUUUUCGUUUUUAGCUUUACGGCAAUAGGCCCCUUUAGAAAUGUGGGCCAUCGUUACCGGCAGUCAAUUUUUCGGGCACCGAUUUGCCCACUUGAAGGUAUAUGGUGACUAGCCUAAAAGAAGGCGGAGAAUAGUCGACCAAUUCUGUUUACAUAGUUUGUCUUGAUGCCGCAGUAGUGAAAUGCAAAAAUGCAUUGUCCAAAUAUUGUAUCAUCGAGCAUUGCACAGGGGAAAUUCUGUUGCUGGUGUUACGUUGUAACCGACGUUUGUUUUAGUUACUCUUUCUUUUAUUUACAAGCGAGCGUUCAUCAAUGAAAAAAAAAACAUCUUUAUAGCUACUUUGUGUAACCCUGUUGAAAGUGCUUUCCGAAUCAAACUCCUUCCCUCCAGAAAUUUACCCGUUUCCCAGUUUCCUCCCCACUUCAGUAUUUUUGUAUAAUUGUACUUAAGAAACUAUUUAUUAUUGAGAGUGCGGAGUUGUUUCUCUUUGAGAGCGGUGUGCGGGCGCGGCGUGAAACGCUUCCCGGUGCAAUGAGUAGGCAUGUUGGGAGGGCAUGUGCGUCUGUACGAGAGAUGGAAUACUUUAAAUAAAGCAGUCAGUGUAUUUUUCA